CAAUUCCUAUUUUCUUGGUAGAUCUCGUUUACCUUUUCCACCAUCUGCAUGUAACUGCAUAUACAGGGGAGAUGAAGGUGAAUGAACAUACAAUGACCUGAACAGACAAAAACACUUCCACUGUCCUCUCUGCAACCCAAAAGCUUUGACCCGUCCAAAGAACAUCUCACGUAAGUCAUAUGUAGACGUAGACGUGAACGGCUGCCCAUCGCGCACACACUGACAAACACAACACUAAUAAAAAUUCCAAAAUUUCAAAGGAUGUAUAAGCGUUUCAUUCCUAAGGCCACACCUGCCUACUAUUCCCUCACCUUCCCCCACGCAAUGGCCUCCAUGCUCUCACCCUCACCGCCUUCAUUGUAUCUCCCCGUCUCCCGCCCCAAGCACUUCUCUUCUCCUCCUCCUUACAUCAGGUGCUGUGAGGAUAUGCUAGGCCGAUCCAGAUUGACCCAAACCAACGGUUACACCAACGGCGGCUUGGCCAAAUUCCCCGAGAAGACUUCCUCUAUCAACCCAGCUGUGGUCUUGCCCCCUCGGCCUCGCCGCAUAAUUCUGGUCCGACAUGGGCAGAGCGAAGGGAAUGUGGACGAGUCUGCUUACACUCGGGUUCCCGACCCCAAGAUCAGCUUGACAGAGAAGGGUUUCAGAGAAGCAGAGGAAUGCGGGCAGAGGAUCAGGAAGUUGAUUGAGGGAGAUGGUGUGGAUGAUUGGAAGGUCUACUUCUACGUCUCCCCCUAUAAGAGAACUCUUGAGACGCUACGUGGUUUGGGCAAAGCAUUCGAGCCAUCCAGGAUCGCCGGAGUCAGGGAAGAGCCUCGUCUCCGUGAGCAAGACUUUGGGAAUUUUCAGGACAGAGAGAAAAUGCGGCUUGAGAAAGCUUUCAGGGUCCUCUACGGUCGUUUCUUUUAUCGCUUUCCCAAUGGCGAAUCUGCUGCAGAUGUUUAUGAUCGAAUAACAGGAUUUAGGGAAACUCUGAGAGCGGACAUCGACAUUGGACGCUUUCAGCCACCUGGUCAAAGGAACCCAAACAUGAAUUUAGUAAUCGUCUCCCAUGGUCUCACAUUGCGAGUCUUUCUGAUGAGAUGGUACAAAUGGACUGUCGAGCAAUUUGAGGGCCUCACCAAUUUCUCCAACGGAGGCACGCUUGUUAUGCAAACAGGAUCUGGGGGAAGGUACAGCUUGCUGGUCCAUCACAGCCCUGAAGAGCUAAGAGAGUUUGGCUUAACAGAUGCAAUGCUCAUUGAUCAGGAAUGGCAAAAAACUGCUAGACCAGGCGAAUUAAAUUACGACUGUUUAACAUCUGGACCAUCGUUUUUCACACACUAUGUUGAAGAUGACAAACCUGUAAGAGGUGGCUCCUAAAGCUUCACGUUGGGUUAGAUCGAUGCUGAGUUCCUGACAAAGCUUACAUACAUGGUUCACUGGUGUUGAACUUCCAGGAAAGAGUACCAUUAAUACUAUCAGAUGUAAAACCAACCAGUAAUGAAUGAUGAUAUCAUGACCACAACAGAUUGUAUUGAUGUAAAUUGACCAUUUGCAGUACCAAUAUUUUGUGAGAGAGACAUGCAUGUGUAGUUCUUUAUCUAUUUUAUAUUUCCUUCCGCCCAGAUUGUAAGUAAACAAUGGAAAGUAAUGGCUAUCAAAUCAUAUUUACCGUUCUCUGAAA